UCGGCCCUCAGUGAAGUUCAUAGAACUAAUUGUCAAUCAAGAUCACCAGGUGGCCAAAUAAUUAGCAAAUACAGGACGCGUUUGAAAAGACACGUUUGCCUAGUUAUUGCAUGUAAUACAGGCCCUCUUUUCAGAAAUCAGUGAUUGUUUAAAAUGCUGUGGUUAAUUUUACUGGUUGCAUGGUUUUGUGAAGUAUGGGGAGCUCCUGUGGAUACACUGAAGACCACUGAUAUCCAGUAUGAUGAAGGGUAUAUUAACUCAAUGAAGAGUGGACAGCCUCAUCUGAUAAAGACAAGUGAAACACUAUUGGAUUUUGAGGGAGACUAUGCUGUACAGGAGGGAGAUAUCUUACUACCAAAUGACAGGAAUGCAGUGAGUCAGCUGUGGCCUGAGGUGAAUGGAAGUUUGUCGGUGCCUUAUGAAAUUGAUUUUGUUAUUGAGGACAGGACUGAACACAUUCUUAAUGCCUUAAAAAUGAUCUCUGAGAACACCUGUGUCAGAUUCCAUCCGCAUACUAAUGAAACCGACUAUUUGCACUUUGAGUAUGGAGAAGGGUGUGCAUCUUACGUUGGAUGUAUGGGAGGUGAGCAACCUCUUCUGAUUGGGCCACAUUGUAAGGAAGGGAACAUCUGCCAUGAGGUCCUUCAUUCCCUCGGCUUUCAUCACGAGCAUUCCCGCUUUGACCGUGGCGAUCAUAUCACUAUACUGAAUGAAAACAUUGCCUCUGGGAAAGAGGACAAUUUUGUGAAGAAAAUUGGGAACACCCUUGGUCUGCAGUAUGACCUGGGCUCGAUCCUGCAUUAUGGAAACAAUUAUUUCUCUCGCAAUGGAAAACCCACAAUUCUGCCUAAAGAGAGUGGUGUAAAAAUCGGCCAGAGGUCUCACUUGUCGGAUCUGGAUGUGCAAAGGAUCAGGAAGCUGUACCGCUGUGACAAGACCCCAUAAAGAUCGAGCAAAAUCUUAAACUGCUUUGGUUGGCUGUCUUGAAUGGAUACUUGUUAAUGGAAAAGGAAUUUUGAAUCUAGGAAGACAAAUAAAGGUUUGAAAAUCGAAA